GACCAAAAUAACACGAAAUCUGUGCCAUGAAAGCAGGAAGGAAAACGUUAUUGUUCUUUUCUGUUCACGUAUUUUCUCACUAAACCAAGUUAGAAAUGGAGAACCUGCGCAUUGUUUCGGACGAAUAUUUUCGCUCACUCAACUCUAUUGCUAAACGUAUUUGUGACGACAUCAGUUCAACUCGUGAAAACUAUGAAUCUGCGUGGGAUUAUCUCAGUGCCGAGGAGCAAAAUCAAGUCAUCAACGAAAGCCUUAUCUAUCCCGACGCCGUUUUAAGGUAUUCAGUGGUGGAUGAACCCAACAAACUCACUGAGAGUUUCCCAAUGUUGAAGAUAUCAUAUGGCAACAAGAUCUUGCAAGAUGAAUCUGGAGCUCAAUGGAGGGAUGAGCAUUCUGCACCGUUUUCCUGGAAGACAUCCAGUCAAUUGCUGGAUGCAUCCUCUCCGAGGGACCCCACCCUAGCUAAAGGAGAAAAGCAGAUUCUUAAGAAGAAAAAACCACCUGUGCCACCACCUAAACCUCCCAAGUCAGCAAUAAUUCAGAAUCCUGAUGUCAAAGUUUGUGAAGAAAACAACCACAUCAACGAAAUGAUGAAUGACUCCAGCAGUCAAUCACAACAAGAUAAUUCUACUCUAUCUGAGGAUGAAUACUCAUCAUUGAGUUCUCAGAAUGUGUUACCAAAGACUGGGUGUGAAUUUCUGGAUAACUGGUAAUGAAGUACAAACACUACAAACUGCUGAUUUGGAUCUGCCAUAUUGUUUCUGUUGCCACUGAAAUUAUUGGAAAACAAAUAUAUUAUAUGCAAACAACAAAUUGAUCGUGUAUCGAAGUGAAAUUUCGUUUGCCCUAUUUUGAAUUAAACCGCCGUUUAUUAUCAUCA